AUGUAUUACAGGCGUAAAAAUGUGUCAACAAUUGAAAGCAUUUUAGUUCUUGUUCAAGCAAGUAGCGCAUUGUUAACAUUACAAGAUGGAAGAAUUGAGACUCGCAAGUCCAGUCCAGUCAAACAAACGACACCCAUUCAACAACCAACAAAAUCUAGUACGCCACCAAAAAAGUCAGUUACAGUUCCACUUGAUGAAAGUUCUGUCGCUAUAACAUUCCUUCAAUGGUUAGGUAGUGUAACAGAGAGAAUUAACCAAACAAUGCAUUAUCAGUUUGAAGGCAGUCCCAAACCAUUAGUAUUCCAUGCACCUCAGGCAUUAUUUGAUUGUUUACGGCAAAGAAUCACUUCUGGAAACACGAAAAAGCGUUUACCAAACUAUACAACAGGUUUUGUCCGCAAGGAUGCUCUUCCUCGGGGAAUGUUUACUAAAUAUACGUGGCACAUCACCAAUAUUUUACAAGUGAAACAAAUAUUUGACACGUCAGAUAUGCCAUUAGAAAUUACUCGGAACUUUGUUGAAAAUCGUGACGGUACGUACGAUUUAUAUGAAGUCCCUAAAGUACAAGUUGAAAGCAUUGAUGACACUUUUAAAAGCAAACAUCAAACACCAAUCCGGCCAUUUGAGUUGAAAACUUUUUUAAAAGUUGGUAACACUAGUGUGGACCAGAAAGAUCCUAUUCUUUUUAUCAUUGAAUGGAUUCCUGACAUUCUACCAAAAUCUCACAUCGGAGAAUUACGAAUAAAAUUUGAAUACGGAGAUCAAAGAAAUGGACAUGUAGAGCACAGGUUGAUAGCCGCUACUUCACUUGAGAUUCCAGUACAGACUAUUCAAGUUCAAGAAAUUCAUUGAAAAACCAUAUUUUAGCUUGGUAAAUUCUAUCUACCUCAGCUGUUACUCCAAGAGUGACAAUCAAGGAAUCUGAGUCAUUCAGCUACUUUGAAAGGUAUUUAUUUUGGUAUGUAGACAUCAUCUUUUAUCCAAAUGGCUGGAAUAUGCAUUCCUUU